AUGUCCUUUAAGCUCACUCCCGACAAUGAAUUGGACCUAUUUUUUUCUGCAGACCUCAUCUCGGACCAGGUCAAGGCCCAGCUCCAUCCAGAUGUCCACGUAGGAGCCAGCCAACUUCGCCCAUUAGCUUCAACAGACUACCACCGUGGCCACCUCGCCGUGCUCUCCGUCCUCACCGUUGUUUCCGACCCAGGCGAGUCGAACUGGCUAGCCCAAUUCCAUUCUAUGCGCGCUGCUUCCAAAACAUACUACCCCAUUGUCAUCGUUUCCAAGCAAACCGACCAAAUUGUCGGCGUCGGCUGUGUCUUCAUUGAGCGCAAAUUCCUCCGCGGGUUAGGCAGCGUCGGGCACAUCGAGGAUAUCGCAGUCGAUAAGAGCCAGCAGGGCAAAAAGUUGGGGUUGAGGAUCAUUCAGACGUUGACUGGAAUCAGCGAGAACAGUGGAUGUUACAAGACGAUUUUGAAUUGCAGUGACGAGAAUAUACCUUUUUAUGAGAAAUGUGGGUUCCAGAAGAAAGAGAACGAGAUGGCCAAAUACGCUCCGGAGCGCGCACAACAUUCGCCUAGGUUGUAG